CUUUACUUCGGUUGACCGAACUUGGGAGUCCGAGUCUCCUCCGCUCAAACACCACCGUGGUGGCGGCGCCGGCCUCUUCCUCUUCCUUUCCGCUGAAAGAACGGCAGUGACCAGGCCAACCCUUGGUGGUCCCAUUGAAGAAGACAAACGGGAGGCAUCCGGAGCUAGUAGUACUCCCCGGCCGCCGUGUCGAUUGGAUCGGUGAUCCAACUUUCAUUUUUUUCUUUCGUUGGGAAACCAUUCUUUGUUGUUUAGCUAUUCUUAAAAGUUUAAAUGGGAUCAGAAGGACCUUCAGUUGUGACUGUCCAUGUUACUGGAUUCAAGAAGUUUAUUGGAGUUCCUGAGAACCCAACUGAGAAAAUAGUGCGCAAUAUUCAAUCUUAUAUGGAAAAGAGGGUUUUGCCAAAAAACCUUGUACUCGGAAGCUGCACAGUUCUCAAGGUUGCAGCAGGUGCACUUGGCACACUUUAUGAAGUUUUAGAGUGUGCUAUUUCAGACAGAGAGGAAGGGUCGCAAAUAAUUUGGAUCCACUUUGGGGUCAGUGGUGGUUUACCAAGAUUUGCGCUUGAGAAUCAAGCUGUUAAUGAUACCACAUUCGCUUGUCCUGAUGAGUUAGGAUGGAAACCUCAGAGCGUCCCUAUUGUACCAUCUGACGGAAACAUCUCACGGAUUAGAAAGACUAUCCUUCCAGUUAAUGAAUUAGUCAAGAUGCUUCGAAAGAUUGGCCACGAUGUGAUGCGUUCAGAUGAUGCUGAUCGAUUUGUAUGCAACUAUGUGUACUAUCAUUCCCUCCGCUUUGCCGAGGAACAUGGCAUCAAAUCUUUGUUUGUGCAUGUGCCUCUCUUCUCGACAAUUGAUGAAGCUGUUCAGAUGCAUUUUGUUGCUUCCCUUCUUGAAGCUGUUGCUAGCUUGAACUAGACAGCAACUUGUUUCCAGAUCAAUGGUCUUGACUUUCGCAUUGCUCUUGUGAACUAAAAUUUUAUAGGGAAUCCAUGCUAUCUAAUAAUUGACUUCUAAGAUAUGGUCGAAUGAAUGGAACCUAACUCUUCCUUGCAAAGUACUUGGGAUUUCUUUUAUAAAAUUGAAAAUUCUACAGCAAGGCUCCUCAAUUGUCAAUAAAAUUCCUAUACAAGGCCAUAUGCUAAAAUAAAUAAAAACCUUCUAUGAAUGCAACUUGUUUUCUUGUUAAGCUUUGUCAAAUUGUUGUGACCCUUUGUGAGAAAUAUUUCAUAUUCCCAUGAUCAAGAUCACGUACACGUAUCCACCUUUGCUAUGCUUCUACACUAGAAGAUAGCAAGAAUUUUAUCCAUCCGCCCACAAAAUAAAACUCCAUGCUGUUACCUGACCAGUCUCUCCAAAAGUUAUCAUUAUGAAAAGAAGACAUGGGCUAUGCAUGAAGGAAUAAAAGAAUGCUCAAGUAAGCAUGAUGAAAAAAAAGAAAAAAAAAAGAGAGAGAAGAAAUAUAGCCCAUAUCCCAUGAAAAGGGAGAGAGCUGGCUCAUAAAAAAGAGUUCAUGCAUCAUCCACCAAAAAUAUCCACACACAUGCACAUCUUGAUCAAAGACUAUGACUUGCUUCUCCUUGGGAUCCGGUCUUUAACUUAGCAAUAUACCAGAAACAAGUAUGCCUUCAGUCUUUCCCUACCCUGAGCUCCACAUAAGCAUGGUUUGAGGUAGGAAAGAAAGAAGGCAUCACUUUGCCUUGGUGAGAAAGAUACAAACAAAAAGAGCGAUCUGAGAGGACAAGUUGAGGAGAUAAGCUAUAUUUGUCUUUGAAAAAACCCCCCCAAUUUUCUAAGCAAGGAAGGCCAAGGAACCUGAAGUUCAAACCGUUCCAAAUUUCAAUUGUUAAGAUUAGCUUGGUAGACACUCAAAAAAAUAGUUCAUAGGUCUAGGAAAAGCUUGGAAUAACUUAUAUGCAGGUUACAUCAAAGGAGUUGCAUCCACCUCGGUCCUUCAACCCUUACUCGAGGACAAGCAAAGGACCAAGUGUGGGGGUGUUGUUGGCGGUCCUUAAGUUGAAAAUCAACCGCCAACAUCUGCAUCAAUUAACUUCGAAUAAGAUUACCAAAACUAGAGAUAAGAAAUUUUAACUCUUAACUAUUUCCAUGAGUUUUGGUGAAUCAUGAUUUCCAGACAACCAUAAAAAAAUACCCCAAAGUAGCAUACAUGAAACACCGAAAAAUGCACAAAAGAUCAUAACUUGUAUUACACUUACAAGAAGGACCCAAAGAAGGACCCAACGACACGCCAAACCGACGUCCAAAGGCGGCAAGCACCCAAAAGAUUAGAUCAAGGCCCACCUACUAGCCACUCACUCGAAGGCGGUGGCCAGAGGCCCACCAGUGGGUCAGCCGACCCCAAGGGUCGGCCAACCCUGGCCUGGUUCCCAUCCAGGUGCAGCUUAGCGGGAAGGACUCCACUGCCUUUGGAACAUCGAUUAUCAGUGUUUCCUUGUGUAGUUCACCUGGGAACCACCCUUGGAGUAGUAUAUAAGGAGGAGACCUCUCACUCAUGAGGAGAACACAAUUUUGGAGAAGAAGAAGAUAGGAGGAUUCCACCUUGUAGAGCUACUUUGUAGAGUAGGUUAGGGAGUGUGUGGAGGAGAAGUCCAGGAGGAGAGUCGGAGUUGUCGACCUCCCUCUACUUGUACCUCGGCGGAUACGAACAUCUUUUGAGUAAGUAUUCGGGUUCGU